GAACAUGGCGGAUCGGCUAACGCAACUUCAGGAUGCGGUCAAUUCUUUGGCCGAUCAGUUCUGCAAUGCGAUCGGAGUGCUGCAGCAGUGCGCCCCACCAGCUUCCUUCAGCAACAUCCAAACAGUCAACAACAAGGACCAGCCACCCAACCACACGGAAGAGUACGCACAGCUUUUUGCAGCACUCAUUGCAAGAACGGCUAAAGAUGUUGACGUGUUGAUUGACUCUUUACCUAGCGAAGAAUCCACUGCAGCUCUACAGGCUGCCAGCCUAAGACAGCUAGAGGAGGAGAACCAUGAUGCAGCAGCCCGACUGGAAGAGGUGGUGUACAGAGGAGAUUUACUGCUGGAGAAGAUCCAGAGCGCUCUGGCCGAUAUCGCCCAAUCACAACUUCGCACGCGCAGUGGUGGUACAUCCUGUCAACCUCUGCCACCUGAAUCCUGACCUGAGCCAGCUCAGGUUAACAAUGGACAAUGCUAUGAACAUCAAAGACAUUUUAUUUUUACAUAAGCAUUUGUGACCUGUGAUGUCUGUGAUGCGAUUUUCUUACCAACAAGACAAUGCAGAGGGCUACUAUUUAUAAUAACUACCACAUUGACUUCUAUAAACAUGAAAAUUGUACAGUUUCAGUUGUUCACUUAUCCACAGUUGUAUAUUUACAGUACAUGGCCAAAAGUAUAUGGACACCCCUUCAAAUAGUUCAAACUGAAUUAUUGAUAUGAUGCUUCCAACUUUGUGGUGACAUAAAGAAGAGUCUUUGUUUUUCCAGCAUGAAUGUGCCCUUGUGCACAAAGCAAGGUUCAUGAAGACAUUACUUGACAAGUAUGGUGUAGAGAAACAAGGUCUGUCCAGAGCCUUGACCUUAACCCCUUAAAAAAAAUAAUGGAUGAAUUUACCAAUGUGAGUCAGGUUUUCUUCUUCAACAUCAGUGCUUGAUCUCAAAUAUUCUUUUGACCGAAUAAGCAUAGGAGGCUAUGGUUUAUAUUACAUAAUAAUGCCUAUGUUUUGGAAAUGGGAUAUGCAACAAGCUUAUCCUUAACUGUUCACAUACUUUAAGUCAUAUAGUGUAUGCAAAAGCAAAUGGUAAUUAUUAUUGUUGUAAAUUUUUUUCUGCUUUUUACUAGUAGCUAUAGAUAAUGUACAGUAGUAUUGUGGGAUGGCAACAUAGACAUUCUAUUUGCAUCAAGCAAGUAGCCAAUGGACUUUUUGUUUUAGGGAUUAAUCUUUAAGAGUUUAUAUUGUUGAGUUCAUUGUUUACAGACUAUGCAAACAAAGUUUGCCUUUUCUACAAGCAUGACUCUGUAGUAGUUAAGUUGGCCUACCUUUUAGUUGUAGUUAACAUCUUCACAAUUUACUUCAAAAUGUCUGUGUCUAUAUUGCUUAAUUUUUAAUUUUAAGAAAACAAGUUUACAUAUUUCAAUAAAUAUUAUAUUG